AUGCCAGCCCUCACGCGUUUCUCCGUCGACCUGAUUACCUGGUCGUUCGUCGACAGAUUCCACAUCGAUCGCAUGAUGGCCGACCCACCGAAGCUGCAACUGUCUGGUGUCGAGUUUAUCCGGUUUGCGGACCCAGUGAAAUUCUGUUCGUGGCUUCUCAGGAUGCCUAUCCCGCCUACACUGCAGACGGUGGCGUUUCAUUGGGUUAUGGCUGAGGAUGCACAGAUGGUGGGCAAAUUCCUGGCCGAGCUUGGUCCCGGGCUGCGGAGUCUUCGUAUUGGAUGCCGACUUGACAAGCAUCCGGAGAUGGCAUACUCGUUGAACAAGCACAUCGACUUGUCACAUAACGUGGAAAUGCACUCGCUGCAUCUUGUCGUAGCGGAUCUGCAGGACUACCUGAUGCUGUGGGUGCCUGCCAUCCUGUCUCAAGUCAAGCAUGUGCCUUUACGGCGGCUGACACUGGAGGUGUGGCUGCACAAUGGGCUGCAGUUAGUCAGUGAUGUGUGGGACGAGAUUGUGGCGCUUUUGGACAACGAGUGGGUCGACACGAUGCACGAGGUCGUGAUCAUGCAUCGUGGUGAUCUCUGCAUGAAGUAUACGAACGCAUGGUGGGCAUGGCGGAUCCCUAGUCUCGUGGGACGCCGCAUUUUACGGGUUCAAGAUCGUUCUCCAUUCCUCAAGUAA